AUGUAUAUAGUGGCUGUGGCUGGAAACAGCUUGAUCUUGUGGGUGGUAAAGUCAGAAACAGUCCUUCACCAGCCAAUGUACUACUUCUUGUCCAUGCUGGCCAUGACUGACCUGGGCCUUUCUUUUUCCACCCUGCCCUCUAUGCUAGCCAUUUACCUGCUGGGCCAGCAGGAGGUGGAGGUGAAUGCCUGCUUAGCUCAGCUCUUUUUCAUCCACACUUUUUCUAUCAUGGAAUCCUCCGUGCUUCUCUCCAUGGCUUUUGACCGCUUUGUGGCCAUUUGUAAUCCACUGCGCUACACAACCAUCCUGCCCAGUCCCCGAGUUGCAGGCCUGGGCUUUGCGAUUAUAGUCCGAAGUGUUGGGCUCCAUGUCCCUGCCCCCAUCAUGUUGAAAAGGCUUCCCUACUGCCAUUCUGGUCAACUGUCCCAUUCUUAUUGCCUGCAUCCAGAUGUCAUGAAGCUUGCUUGUGCGGACACUCGUGUCAACAGUGCUUAUGGGCUCUUUGUGGUACUCUCCACUCUUGGCUUGGACUCCAUGCUUAUCGUGGCUUCCUAUGUGCUGAUCCUCCAUGCAGUCCUGGCCAUUGCUUCCCAGGCAGAGAGGCUUAAGGCCCUUAAUACAUGCGUCUCACACAUCUGUGCAGUGCUGCUUUUCUAUACGCCCAUGAUUGGUCUGUCCAUGAUCCACCGCUUUGGGAAGCAAGCUUCUCCCUGCAUCCGGGUACUCCUCUCCUACCUGCACUUUCUCAUGCCCCCUGUGCUCAAUCCCAUUGUCUAUACUAUCAAGACCAAACAGAUCCGAAAAAAAAUAAAAAAAUGA